GACAUAUUUAGUAUAGAGGCACGGUAAACCACGUUCAUGUGUUGGCAGGAGAUGGCGUCCGUGUGUAUUUGUCGUUGUAUAAGUAAGGUUGUUGUUCUUCGAAAAGACAUUAUCGUGGUCAGCGAUAGAUAAUUGACCCCGGUUCAAAUGGAGUCUAACAGUUAGAUCCGAUCGUAAGGCGCACGACAGCGAGGAUCGUUCUUGGCGUCAUGGUUUUAUAUUCAUCUAUAUCCACAAUGAGACGCCUGCUGUUAUUAAGUAGCAUUUUGCUGAAGAUCGUCGCAGCUGGGGACCUGUGCGACAGGGAACACAACUCCAGUUUUACAGUAGAAACUCUUACCGGAGUGUAUACCGGCCUAGAGGAACCGGAUUAUCCAGGGGUUAGGACAUUUCGCAACAUCCCAUACGCUGAACCACCCGUGGGAAAGCUCCGAUGGAGACCGCCAGUACCUUUACAACCUUCUCGGAAACAUCACUAUUCGCAUAGGUUUCCUCCUUCGUGCCCACAAUACUUGUCAUCGAAAUUGUCAUUAUGGAACGCCAAUAUCACCGACUUUUCAAUCUACACAGGGGAUCAAAGUCACCAUGCUGGAGAAAUAGCGCAGACAACUGCAGAAGAUUGCUUGAGUCUAGCGAUUUGGACCCCUAUCAAUGCUACAUCCCAAGACAAGCUUCCGGUUGGCCUAUUUAUACCUGGUGGAAGUUUUAAGGGUGGUGGAUUAGAUGCCCCUUACCAUUCACCUGCCGGAUGGGUCAACCGUAGCCAGAAACACAUUAUGGUGACAAUGAAUUACAGAGUCAACAUUUUCGGAUUCCCUAAUGCCGUUGGAUUAGAUGAUCAAAAUCUCGGUAUAUUAGAUCAGCGGCUAGCAUUGGAGUGGGUAUAUUCCAACGUCGAGGCCUUCGGAGGUGACUCCGAUCGCAUCACAGUAUGGGGACACUCGGCUGGUGGAGUUUCGGCGGAUGUGUUGAACUUUGCAUAUCAUGAAGAGCCAUUGGCGGCUGGAUUCUUCCUGAUGUCCGGAGCGGCUGUGCGUACAUUUGCGCAAGAGGAUAAUGCGUUGCAGACGAACUUCACGUUUGUUGCAGAACAACUUGGAUGCGGUUUUCCGGAUGAUCCCGAGGCGGAAAUCGAGUGCAUGCGCCAAGUGCCAAUCAGUUUAAUUUCGAACUUCGUAGGCCGUUAUGGAGACGACAAGAAGAAGCCUUCUUUAUUCUUUCGGCCCACAGCUGAUGAAAAAGUCAUAUUUAAAAACUACACUGAAAGAGCGGAACGGGGCCUAAUAUCUAAAGCACCGGCGCUUAUAAGCGAUACUUCUAACGAACAGUCUAGCCUCAUCGCGUACCCGAUCGAAAAUCUAUUGGGUGGUCCGAAUAAGACACAGGUUGAUAAAGGAACUCUAGAAGACUUCAUCUGCCCAGCCUUCAACUCGUCAAAUGUUAGGGAACUGAACAACCUUACUACUUACCGCUAUCAGUACGCCGGGAACUUUUCAAACCUAACUCCGUUUCCGUGGAUGGGGGCCUACCACGGAGCGGAUCUACCGAUGAUUUUCGGAAGUUACAACCUCACCGGCGGAGCGACAGAACUUCAGAGGCAGGUGGCAGAGACAAUGCAGGACUACAUAUUAGCUUUCGUAUCCGACCCGGAAAAUGGUCUAAUGGAACGGGGUUGGCUGCCUAGUAACGCCGCACUGGGUAUCGAUGGGCCUAUGAUGCGCUUUGGGGCCGGUAACACUGUAGUCCAGAAUAUUAGCUCAUGGGAAGUAGACAGUGCAUGUGCAGGGACUGGGCAAUAUAAUUCACGUCCAAGUGAAUAA